UUCUUUGACACAUACCCAACAAAUGGAAUAUAUUUGUUAACUAGAAAUAUCUUAAGACUAUCAGUUGCAACGUGUGACCACGAAAACACGAGAAAGCACUCAGACCUCAAGCUACUUGACAGAAGGGAACAAGAGACAGACAUCUUGCUGAAAACUUGUUUAUCUUAUCUCAUCUCUAUGUCUUCGGAAAUGAGCCAGCCUGCGGUAUCCACAGAAUGGCUUAAAAAAAGCCAAGAAAGCACCAAGGAACAUUUGUCAGUUUUAGACACUACGUGGUUUCCUGACAAAGAUGCUUCCAGUGAUUAUUCAAAGCAACAUAUUGCAAAUGCUUCAUAUAUGGACAUGUUCCGUGGAGUGGAAAAUACACCACUGUAUCCACGAAAUAUUCCUGAUGUUGCUACAUUUCAAAUGAAUGCAAGAGGCAGCGCAGUGAAUAAAGAUGAUCAUGUUGUAGUCUAUGACAACACUGGAAACUUUGGGUUCUUCAUGGGUGGAAGAGCUUGGUGGAUGUUCAAGCUCUUUGGACAUGAAAAUGUCUCAGUAUUAGAUGGAGGUUUGAAAAGAUGGAUUGGUGAUGGUUUUGAAACAACAGAUGCAGUGGUGCAGAAAGGGGAUGGUGACUUUACAGCAAAGUGGAACCCAAAAUGGAUAAGGAAGUUUGAAGACAUGAAGGAAAACCUGAAGUCAAGAAAAGCACAAGUUUGUGAUAGUCGCGGACCAAAUUUGUUCAAUCGUUCAGCCAGUGAUCCAAGCACAGGCCACUAUCCUGGCGCAGUAAAUAUUCCAUUUCCAAACUUGUUUAAUGCUGAAACCAAGACUCUUAAAAGUGUUGAUGAGUUAAAGAAAGUUUACUCUGAUGCGGGAAUUGAUCUCAGCAAACCAAUCAUAGGCAUGUGUAUUGGUGGCAUGUCUUCUUGUUCUUUGGUUCUCACUGCACAUCUCUGCGGAUGUCCUGAUGUUGCACUUUAUCAUGGAGGUUUCAAUGAGUGGAGACAAAGAGCUGAUGCAACUGAAAUUGAAUGAUUAUCAUUGUUGCAAGAAGCAAUGAUCAGCUGAAGCAUGAUUGUCAUAAGCAUAAUAUAAUGAUUAGAGUACUGCUGCUGUUAUUCCCAUUGUUUAAAAUUAAUGGCUGUGUCCUUUCAGUGGACCUAACCUUGCACAAUAAAAAGCAAACCAUUAAUAAAUCGUCUUUUUGAA